AUGGAACAAAUUAGAAGACAUGAGCAAGUGCGUAACUACAUCGCACACAGAGAGCGCGUAUUGGAAUCCAAAAGUGUGAUCAAUUCGCGGCCCGUCAGCAGGAGCAAAAGUGUUCCGGCCAGGCGAACUCCUAUGCAGAUGGAACAACAACGAAGGAUAUAUGUGGAGAACCAAAGACUUCUUCAAUCUUUGAUAAAGAUUUCUUGCGGAAGGAGUCCAUACUCACAAAAAACAUGA